CCUCUGCUGCGCGCUGAUUCGUUCGUUUUUUCCAUCUUGCUGCUCUCCGCGCGCAGCAGAUCUUUCGCGUUAUUAGUUCUGCGCGUCGCGUCGACGGUCGUUAUUGAGAAGCCUGCAGAGAGGGCAAAGAGCUGGAAAUUUUAUCGCCUCGCGCAAUUACGUGCAAUUAGUUCGAACUGGUGUGUGUGUAUAUAUAUAUAUAUCGCUUUAUCGCUCGGCGAGAAAGCGGAACGUUUUUUUCCUUCAUACGGAAGCCUGGUUGGGUCCGCUCCGUCUGUGGCGCGCAUGCGCGCUCGCUCCGUGCGGCAGCGAGCGAGCCGUUUGCUGUCGUUUUUGUUUUUAGAUAUAUGCUAAGCGUAAAAAGUAAAAAAGAGGAAAAUCGGUGAAAUGGCAACGCAUAAUUUUUAACGAAGAGACAAAUUUUCAAAAAUCAUAAUUUAGUUGGAUUUUUGUGCAUCAGUGUCAACUAUAAUCUACUCAGAAAACAUUUGGAUACAUUUUGGAGCACGUGUUUCGGACAUUAGAUUAAAGCAAUAAUCUAAUCCAAAAAACGAUCCUAACGAUUAAGAAGAUAGUAUAAAAAUCCUAUCAGCUACUUAUAAGUGGGAUUUUUGUGCAUCAUGCAACAUUCAUACAAUAUUUUGGCGUAUGGUUUUUAAGUAUCAGUUUUGGAGCAAGCUAACCCUUCUGAGUACCUCUUAAUUUGUUCAUUUGUCUUUAAUUACGUGCUUGUAUCACGUUUUUUACUUCAAUAAAAGAGGCAACGGCACAAUGGAUUAUGUAACCAUAAGUGAUCAUGCAAAUACGUACAGUUUUCAUGUUACUAACGGUACUAUCAGUUUCAAAAGCGUUAAAGAAUAUUUUCCUAAGGCCACAGGAUUAACUUAUACACUAAACAAUGAUGAGUCAAACAAUAUAAUAUUUUUGCUUUAGCUUCAGUUGAAACCACUUAUAACAAAGAAUAAUCUGGAACGCGCCAAAAAUCAUAGGAUUGCUGAAAUUCUAAAAACAUUAACCGAAGACGAAACUGAAAGCGCUUCUUCUUUAUCAAAGAAAAACACAUCAAUAUCUAAGGAUAUUGGUUCAUGUUCUACUACAAAAUCAAUUUUGAUUGGUUGGUAACACAAGUAUUCAAAUAACUAUAAGUACGUUUUAAAAGCAGGAGCUAAACAGGUUCUCAAUGUGGUUACAUCGAAGGCCUAUUGCUAUGAAUACAUUGUAGAGGAGAGCAUAAAAUUAAUUAAAAAUGAGGACAACUCCUCAUAUUUCACAAAUUGCUUGGCAAAGCUUGACAGUUUCAAGGAUGAAAUUUAUGAUAAAUUUGUCGACGAAGACAAUUGUGACUGUGACUUCUGGACAUUUGCUAAGAGAUUAGCAAGUGCAAAUCGGGAAAUAAGAUUGUAUGUCUUUACUUCGAAGAAAAAAGAAUUAUCAGACCCAUGCGCAUCUGCAUCUAGCUUAUCUGAUUCAAAUUCGAUCAGUACAGCCACAUCGCAUCAAGAUAUUGAAAAAAGUUUAAUGGAAAAAGCAUCUCAUGAAUAUUGUAUAGUAGCUAACAAAUCCACAUCUACUUCUAAUCCUCUCACAAUCACAUUUCAUAGAGAUAGUGGAAAAAGUAUGGAUGAACCGCUCUGCAAAAAAUCAAGAAUAACCAGCCAACCGUCUCAGCCCGCUGAAAAAAUAGCGACAAUACCUGGAAAUGUUGAAAAAGCAGUUUUUAUCGAACCAUUCUGCAAAGAGAAUGUAAAUUGUAUCAAUUUUAUAAAUACUGAUGUUUAUGGACAGCAGAAAAUAAAAAUAGUUAAAAAUAAUACUUUUGAAGAGAAUGACAAGAUUAUCAUGAGCUUGAAUCUUUCAGUUAAUGUUGUUAACAAAGAUGAUGUCCAGUUUAUUAGCAGUCACUGCCCAGUGCAUUCAGCAGUGACUCGCCAGUCGCUGUGCCUAUUUCAUCAGAUUUUUGACACAGUCAUUGGCCAAGGACUGGGGAAUCAGACUUGAAAAUAGAACUAAUAACAAUUGUGCGUUUCUUACUAUUUUUAGCAUUGGAAAUUAAUAAAAAUGACUUAG